AGAGGGGAUUUUCAGCCUACGACGCUUCCCAUACAUCUCACGUCUCCAACUGAUAACGAAGAAUGUCGUUCACAUAUCCCUAGUGGACCGUAGCUCACCUCCCUCCGUGUCUGCCGCUAUGUUCCGCGUUCUCCGCCGCCAAACGCGGGCAGCGCUACCGCCGUGCAGCGAGCAAGCCGUAGCGCGCUUCCUAGCACAGACUCACGCCUGCUUAAUCCACUCCACCAGUAAUCCUAAUCCUAACGCGACGGCUAAAAGAGAGGACAGAGAAGGUGCGAGAGACGGUAAUCGCGACAGUGACACAGCCGCGAACCGCCCGUAUCGCGAUCCGAAUCAAGAUAGUCGAGCAGGCGUAAUAGGAGGGGUUGGGAGCGCGACACACGGCCGAGGAACAGACGGGAGAGGUACAGGUCCAGGCCGAUCUGAAGAUUCAAACCGCAACACUUCAAGAGGCGUAGUAGGAGGGGUUGGGAGCGGGACACACGGGCGAGGAACAGGCGGGAGAGGCUCCGGUCCAGGCCGAGGCGCAGUUGAUCGAGGCACCGGUCCAGGCCGAUCCGGAGAGACAAACAGCGCCACGACAGGGGAACCAGGGAAGGUCUGCAGGGGAAGGGGCGAGCAGGGGAUGGCAAGGACGAGCGAAUCUGGCACGACAGGGCCAUUGGGAAAAGUCGGAGUGGGCAUGGCAGGAACGGACGAAGACGGCAGGUCAGGGGAGUUCGGCAGGUCAGGGGAGUUCGGCAGGGCAGGGGAAUUGGAGGAGGCGUGUGGAAGAAGGGGAAUACGAGGUGCCGUAUUCGACGUACCCGCCAGGGACGAAUGAGAAGCUUCAGGAGUGCUUCGAGAGGAAGCUGGCGUGGGAGGUGGAGUACCCCAGCGUCAUGCCCGAGCCUCUGCUGGAGCCCCCUCCUUCCAAGUUCAGAGUGGAGCCCAGCGGGCACCAGAUGCUGCUGACGCUGCGGCGAGAGAGCGAGGAGGACAGAGAAGACAUCUUGCUCGUUGCAAAAUUCGUGGAGGAAAGGGAGGGGAAGGGGGGGAGAGAGGAGGAGGAGGAGGAGGAGGAGGAGGAGGAGGAGGCAGGGAGGGGGUUGAGUGAGGAGGAGAGGAAGAAGAGGCGGUGGCAGAAGAGGGGGAGGGUGGAGGGGGUUACGAUGGAGGAUCUGGUUACCGGGCAGUGGCAGGAGAGGCUUAUGGAGGGGAUGGAGACAGAUGAACGGACAGAGAUCGAGUGGCAGACCAACCAGGGCUUUAACCUGACGCCCAUCCACGUGCGAGUGAGCAUCUGCAGUCUCAAAGCCAUCCGCGACAGCAAGAGUCAAAACCCAGCUCGUUCUAGACCGGGGAAUUUACAGGAGAAACAGCAACUACCGGCGGCAACACCAGAAGCCCGGCCUUCUGCGACUGCAGCUGCUGCAGAAAUGCAAGGAGCAGGCGCAAUCCCUAUGGAAACAGCGCCAGGAGAAGCAGCAGGGUCUACUUUUGAGGCGCCUCAAGAAUUGCAAGAAGCAGGUGCAAUCUGUAUAGAAGCAGCAGGAGAAGCAGCAGGGUCAACAGCGCUAGCAGCAUCAGGAGCAGUGGCUGCAUACCCGAUAACGGUCGACUGCCUGGUGCUGGGCCACCACCACUGGAAGAUCCUCCGAGUGGAGUCAGUGGAUCCCCAGGCUCCACCUUCUCGCGUUCCUGCCUAUGGGCAACCACACGAUCUAUUGAGCCCAGAGUUGCAACAAGAAUGGGAAACGUUUCUAUUUCGUCGAGGAUUUACGGGAGUCCUUGCACGCUAUAUCCGGGUGUACCUAGAAUGCAAGGAGCACCAUGAGAACGUACGCUGGUUGGAUAGGAUGUACAAGUGGUUCUCUAAUUGAUAUGGUGUAGCACUUUUAGUUAAAAAAAAACAUACACGCAU